AAAAAAGUUCCCGAUGGGACCUCUCCCAGUCUCUGCCCGCCCUAUCAGCAAAUCAACCAACUAGCCAUCUCUGCAAGAACCCUCUCUGUUCCCUCCUCUGUUGUGAGCUCUUGUGGCCGGACGCACGCCCUCGUUGAGCAACGACAAUCCUCUCACCCUUUGGCUCAUCCCAACCAGUAAUUAUGGCCACAAAGAGGAAGCUUGCCAAGGUGGCCGCACCAGUCCAGCAGAGCACCAAACUCCCCAACUCCACCAGGAUAGACGAGAGCCGCACAUCAGUAACAGUGCCCAUACCCACGAAGCCCAAGGCAUCAAAACAAGUCGAGCCAAUUGAGAUCUCCAGUGACUCUGAGAGCAACUUCGAUGACAUUUCCGACGUGGACGAUGAUGAGGUUACGGAAAAGCAGGCCGGCCAGGCAACCCGGUCGCAGGCGGGCGGAGAGCCACAACUGGAGGGAAAUGAGGACACCGAGAUGCAAGAGGAGGGCGAAGAGUCAGAUGCAGAGCCAACUUUCGGCGACCUGAUCCGGAACCACGAGACGGUCGACGUCACUGCUGCACUUGGCGGUCGGCAAUCAACGGAUGCGACCACCAACCUUGCAGCAGCACCUCAGCGACAAAUAGCACCUCCCUCCACCACUUCCAUCGGCACGGUACUUGCGCAGGCUCUGCGUACGGACGACGCUGACCUUCUCGAGUCCUGUCUGCACACCACAGAUGCGACCGUCAUCCGCAACACAAUCCAGCGACUAGACUCGAGCCUGGCAGGGGCUCUGCUCACCCAGCUCACCUCGCGCCUGCACCGACGUCCCGGCCGUGCACACAACCUCAUGACCUUCGUUCAGUGGACAUUGAUCGGUCACGGCGGCGCCCUAGCAACCCAGCCAGACAUCCAGAGACGGCUUGCCGAGCUGAACAGGGUACUGGAGGAGAGGACGCGGGGGUUGAACAGCUUGCUUGCGCUGAAGGGAAAGCUGGACAUGCUGGAGGCACAGAUGACUCUACGCCGCGGGAACAAGUCUCGCCGAGCGGGCAAGGAUGAAGAUGACAGCCAAAGUGACGAUGAUGAGGAGGAUGGUGAGGAGGGUGUUGUCUUUGUUGAAGGCCAGGAGGACGACACCCUUUCAAACGGGCUGUCACGGCGGAGAGGAGACGAAGAGGACGACGACUUCCCAGUGGUCAACGGUGUUGCAUCCGACUCGGAAGAGGAGUCAGGUGAUGAAGAUGAGGACGACAUGGAUGUGGAUGAGUACGCAGAGGAAUCAGUGGAUGAGGAUGAGGUUGAUCAUGAUGAUAUCGAGGAGGACUCGGCCGAGGAAGACGAGAGUGAGACCGAGGUCCUCCCCCCUGCAAAGGUGCAGAAGAAGAGCAAAUCUUCCUUCUCGAAAAAGAGGUGAACAGGGUUGCCGGUACGGAGUUCAAGGCAAUAAUAGACUUGUACAUGAUGAUACCUUAUCAUCCCUUAUCAUCCAUCUCUUCAGGAUGAAAUCGAGUCCAGGGUAUUGGAGUCUAGCUGUAGGUGGUUCCUUGUACCAUUCCGAGAAACAGAUAUGUACCACGUUUGGGAACUGUAACCCAAGCCAUCAAUCACAUAAAGAAUUGCAGACAA